UGCAAAAAUAUUCAACGGUAAAAGCCAGCAGAAGAAGAAGAAAACUCCCGCCAUUGUCGCGUUGUGUCGUCUCUCGAAUCAGCAUAUCGCUAUAUUUAUUUUCCAUAUUGCACACAUCACACACAGAGAGAGAGAGAGAGAGGAGAAUAGAUGAGACUUUGAUUCUGAAUCUCUGAUUGAAAUCGAAGCGAAACUAACGCGAACUCAUCGGAGAAAUGAAAUCACAGUUUUUACCACAAAUGAAACCCAAAGGAAAACGAAUUUGGGGAUUCAAGUCCAAGCUAGGGUUACCGAUCAUCUUCCUCCUCUGCUCCCUCUUCUUCCUCGCUGGCCUCUUUGGAUCCACUCUACUCUUUCAGGAUGUGCCGGGUGUUCGAUCGCCGCCGAGAUGGCUUGAAUCAGUAGAGGAAGAGGAUAAUUCGACGCCGCACGGAGAAACUGGGGAGUCUCGGGUUGCUUCGAUUCCCUUUCAGGUGUUGAGUUGGGAACCACGAGCACUUUAUUUUCCUAAUUUUGCAACCGCAGAACAAUGCCAAAGCAUAAUUGAAAUGGCAAGGUUAAAGCUUAAACCAUCAACCCUAGCUCUGCGGAAGGGAGAAACUGCCGAAAACACAAAGGGAGUAAGAACAAGUUCGGGCACAUUUAUCAGUGCAUCAGAGGACAGAACUGGAGUUUUGGCAGCUGUUGAGCAAAAAAUUGCAAGGGCUACAAUGAUCCCAAGGAGCCAUGGGGAGGCAUUCAACAUUUUACGCUAUGAGAUUGGACAGAGAUAUGUUUCUCAUUAUGAUGCAUUCAACCCAACUGAGUAUGGCCCACAGAAGAGCCAAAGGAUGGCAUCCUUCUUGUUAUAUCUAUCUGAUGUGGAAGAAGGUGGAGAGACCAUGUUCCCUUUUGAGAAUGGCUCAAACAUUGGUGUGGGUUAUGACUACGAAAAGUGCAUCGGUUUGAAAGUGAAGCCACGCCAAGGGGAUGGACUUCUGUUUUAUUCAUUGUUUCCAAAUGGCACAAUUGACAAGACCUCUCUCCAUGGAAGUUGUCCGGUUAUUAAAGGUGAGAAAUGGGUGGCUACAAAGUGGAUCAGAGAUCAAGAGCUAUAUGACUAAUUUCUACACGUAGAGGGAAACCUUUUGCCGUAAAUGUUUCUUCUUGCUAGCCUUGACUGUGUUGAGAUUCACGGUUAAUUAAAACUAUUAUCAACAUCAUCAUCACAGAAAUAUCCUCUUUGAGCAGUUAGCUUAAAAUAUGUACCCCACAUGAAUGAAUCAUCCGAUUUAUGUGAAAUGCAUUGUGAAAAUUUUGAAAAGACAUUCCAUUGGAAAUUCUUGUGAUUGUUGGCCAUUA